UUUCAAUCUAAAGUGAACAUCUGGACGUUCUGAAAUGAUGAACUGGGCCUAAAUGAGAAUAAAUCAGCCUCUGAAGAGAGGACAAGACUUCAAGGAGGACAUCAUUGAAGAACAAUAACGACUCAACAAUGAGACAAAACUUUUUCUGGCUUUAAAUGUCACUCUAUGGGUGAGCAUUGAUCUGACUGAAUGUUUAUUCCACAGGAUGGAUUUUGAUUGUCUGGCCUUUUUCUACACUCUAGCUGAACUCGGACUGGGAAGUAAUGUAGCUGUGUCCUCAUUGGAGAGUCCUGCUGGCAGAAGCCUAUGACUGACAGAAGAUGUCCAGUAGUGCAAAGAAGAAGCAGUCUUCCUCUGUGCUCUCUGACUCUCCCGCUCGCACUCAUUCUCAGCGUUAUCCUCCUUCGACCCCUCCACUCCCUCUCAGGUCUCUGCAACUUGUUGCAAGGCAACCACAAACGCCUGUUGUGCUGCGGGAGCGUAGAAAGGUCAAAGGCCAAGGCUCUGCGGUCAGGGAGUCAUGGCCACGAGCGUCAGCAACAUCCUACCAGAGAUCUCUGACUCCACCAUCGAGAGCUCAUUCUGUUGCAGAAACUCGGCAUCGGCCGUCUAGCCAACCAACAUCAGCCAUCGUCUCCUUACCUCCAACUGCUUCUGUGUCCCAGAAUCCUCUUCUUCCUGGAGCCUCUUUUCAUCGGUCAGUUCCUGCUAGAGCUACGCCCAAUGGGCGAGGUUCCGAUUUUACCAUGAUGUCACUGCUGCUGUUUUGCCACAGUUCUUCCAAUCUUUUGGCCAUAGAUGGUAAGAUCGAGCAGGCCAUGGAUCUGGUGAAGAGUCACCUGAUGCUGGUGGUGCGUGAGGAAGUGAAGCUUUUAAGAGAACGACUCAGAGAGCUGCAGGAGAAGAACCAGCAGCUGGAGCGGGAGAACAACAUCCUCAGAGCACUGACCCACAACAUCUACUCAACAACAGGACCCACAGCAUCUUAAUAAUAAGCAAAUGGACAGUUGUGAUCGUUGCUUGUAGCACAAGAUGAAUUGGGCAGUAACCAUCCCUUUGCCUGGGAGUAGCACUGGAGUGAGUUUGCAGAAAACUGAAGGGGUUUCUUGGCGCAGUGGAAGCCUAGGAGAAAGCCAGAUGGGUGUCCACAUUUUAGCCAAUUUCAAACUGAAAAUGUUCAUUUUAGUGGGAUAAAAUGCUAUAUUAAUAUUAUUAACUGUCGUUUUCAGGGAUGACUUAUAUUUAUUGCCUGUGAAAAUUCUCAGUUAUCCGGGUCAUUGCAACAGCUAACAGGCUUAAAUCGGAGACAGCCGGACUUUCAAAAGUCAGAUUUUCUCUGAUUUAAGCCUGUUUUCUCUUAUAUCUCCGAUUUAAGCUUGUUUUUUUCUUAUAUCUAUUAUAUUUUUCUCAGCGCAACAAGCUGAAGGUCAGCUGCAACUUAUAAAUGAGCAGAGGUCAGUAAAAUCUAAAUGGUCAUCAUGGUGAAGCCUUCUUAGCACUGUCUGGAAAAGCACGGGAAUAUGCCAUGCUUGAUGUUCAUCCAGCCUGUGGUGGUAUCCAGAAGUGUACUCCACUUUUGAAAGAGAAAGAUUGAUCCAGCCGGCAGCCUCAGCUCUCAAAAUCUUAUGUAGAGACACAAAUAUUGUUUGAAAAAGCAACAAACUUUACAACAGUUUCAUGUAAAAGUGUAGAAUAUUUAAAACCACUAAAAUUAUAUUGUUUCCCACAUUCAUGACAAUUUUAAUUUUCAGUUUGAUUGAAAAGGUUAGCUCAAACAGGUAUGACUUACUUUUAGCCUUCCACUAAUCUGAGGCUCAGUUAUAUUUUCUACAAACUCACAGAAACAUGGGUACGUGUAGGAAAGGGAACUGUUGCUGAUAACUUCACAGAGCCUUGCAAAAAAAUGUGAGCUCUUCCAAUACACAAAAACUGUCUACAUUAGAUUUGAUUUCUUUACUUUUGCUUUUCAACCAAUUUAUUAAUGACAUAUUAAUGACUCAAUGAACUCAGACAAACAUGCAAGUUACAGACAAAAAAAUCUUAAGCUUAAAUGACACAUGUACUGUUGUCAACAACUAUAUGUCCAUUAUCUUGCUUACAACACUGUAGGGGUAACAGUUCAAAACACCUCAGUUAGAGCUUGCUGCUCACCUGAGAUUGUUGCCAUGGUAACAUGUUGGAGAGAAUGACAUUUUAACUGCAGGACUGGUUCCUGCUGCUAUGAUGAUGAUGAUUAUAAUAUAUGAAAUAUAGUGUAAUAAAUUAACAAAGUCUAAUUACCUA